AUGACUGAUUCUGGGGACCGCGACUCAAUAACUUGCAGAGCGACCGUUGAUGCCGCCUCUGCGGGUGGCGCGCUCCUGCAGGCGUACCAGGAGGCCGGGCAGGAGCGGCGGCAGGUCGUGCCGGAGUGGCAGCAGGUCGUGCUUGUGCUUCGCUCCUCGGCCGCGGGUGCGGACGGAGUCGCUCUGAACCGCCCCUUGGCGGCGCGCGGGAACCGGCAGCUGGCGGAGCUGCUGCUGCGGCAGACGGGAGAGGCGGAGGCGCUGGCGCUAGCCGGCCCGCUGCUCGCCGCAUUCGGCGACGAUUUGUGCGCGUACUUGGGAGGGCCGUCGGGGCAGGAGGAGGACGGGCUGCUAGUCCACGGCGACGGGUCGCUCGAGGGCCGCGCCUCGCCGCUCGCGUUCCGCUGGUUCCUCGGCCGCCACACAGGCCUGACCACCGACGAGGGCGUGUGGCGGGCCGUCGCGUGCGCGCGGCCGUGCCUCGGCCUGCCCAAGCCGCUGUGGCACGAGGUGAUGGAGCUGUGCGGCGGCGAGUGCGCCACGCUGAGCCGGCUCGAGACUCCUUCUGGCGCGAUGACCUGCCGCAGCGCCACGAGCCUCCCGCUGAGACCCGAGUCGACGGCAGUAGAGGCGGAAGUGUCGCUGGGAACCGCCGCGGCCUGUGGCGACGUUGCGGUGCACGUCGUCCCAGACCUGCCCGUGCCACUCGCAAACCGCUCGUGCGCUCACGGCUCGAGCUCGAGCUGCAUCCGCGGGGCAUGCUGCACGCCAAGCGGCAACGGGUGGAACAGCCUCAAUUUGUGCAGGGCGGGCGAGAGUGCGUGCCUAGGAAAGCCUUUGAAUCUCGCUGCCUCGGCCAACUCGCCCGUCGCCUCGCUCACGCGCGAGACGAACGAAUACCUGCUGGCCGCGCACUUCAAGGAGCGGCUGGCUGCGUGCAGCGUCGCACCGGAGCGCGCCGAUCUGGUUCUCGUCCCGUACCUCGUGGGCGAGCUGAAAGCGCUCCGGAGUUUGGGCGCGGCGACUGUCGAUGGCAGCUACGACGCCCGCAUCCGGUCACACCUCGCCCAAACAGCGGCUUGGCGCCGGUGCGGCGGGUGCGACCACGUGCUCGUUCUCUCCCACGACGUCGUCUUCCUGCGGAGGAGGAGCUUCGCCACGGGCUUUGGAUUCCGGCCUGGCGACGGAUUUUGGAGCAACGUGACGAUGCUAUCGAUCUGUGCAGACCCGCGUGUGCCGCAAUCGUUUGGCGUCCCGUACCCUAGCUUUGUGCACGCCUCGGGCCCUGAGGACAUGGCGGCGUGGUCGCGCUUUGUCCUUGGCAGGCAGCGGCAUAGACGGCUGAUGCUAGUGUCCGGCCGCCACGGCACGAUAGGCAGGGACCACGGCCGCUCGCGGAUCAUGCAUGGCUGCCAGCACGACGAGAGCUGCCACUUGCACUCGUGUGAUGGCAAGCACGCGUGCGAGCCUCAGAAGGUCGCGGCGCUCUACCUUGACUCCGUGUUUUGCCUCCAACCGCCGGGUGACGCCGUGUGCCGGCGCGGCGUGUGGGACGCGCUGCUCAGCGGCUGCAUCCCCGUCACUUUCCCUGCGAUGGGCGCGGGGAUGAUGCCUGGCGCCUCCCUUACACGGAUCUACCCGUGGUUCCUGCCCCCGGGGACGCCCGCACUCGUCGAGGCCGACGACUACCGCGACGCUGCCGAGAAGGUCCGCUCCAUGCCAGACGCCGAGAUGCGCGAGCGCCAGCACGCAAUCGCCGAGCUCCUCCCUCGCCUCGCGUACGCCACCUCCUUCGCCGCCGGCGAGGACGCCGUGGCAACCGCGCUUCGAUCGGCGCGGGAGCGGGUUCGUGCCUUGAGAGCGAGACGAGAAAACCGCGGCUCGUUUCUUUAG